AUGACAAAGUCAAUCGUCAACACAAACCCCUACCCCUUCCAUUUUGAGUCGAGCACCCCAGUGCAAACUGACACCAAUGGUAAGACGCAAGACAUACCAGUCACUAUCCCAAACAGUCGGGGCAAAAUCCCUUCCCUCCAAGCCUCCCGACUCCGCAGCAUGGUUCUCGAAGCCCACAAUGACCCAAGCAAGAUCGUCGCCCACGUUUGCAGCUACGAUGCCUUGAGCUCCAAGUUGUGCGAAGAAGCAGGAUUUCCUGUCGUCUUUCUUGCGGGAUAUGCCAUGGCCUCUGCGUUUGCACUGCCGGAUACCGGGUACAUCGCUUUCCAGGAAGUGGCAGCCAAGGUCCAGGAGGUCGUGAGGGCGACUAGUGUGCCUGUGCUUGUGGAUGGUGAUACGGGAUAUGGGGGACCGAUGAAUGUGCGGAGGACCGUUGAGGGGUUCGCACGAGCCGGCGCAGCUGGAAUUAUGAUUGAAGAUCAGACGUGGCCAAAACGCUGCGGCCACACAAAAGGCAAAGCCGUCGUCUCCCGAAGCGAAGCCUACGCCCGAUGGCGCGCAGCUGUCGACGCCCGUAACGAGGGCCUCGAUAUUUGGAUCAUGGCACGGACCGAUAGUCUCAUCCACGGCUACGACGAAGCAUUGGCAAGAGCUCGGGAGGCUAUCAAGAUUGGCGUUGACUGUGUCUUUGUCGAAGCCCUUCCCGACCGUGAAACAAUGUUGCGCCUACGAAAGGACCUCGAUUUCCCUGUCUUUGCGAACAUUAUUGAAGGCGGGAAGACGGAGAACCUCUCGGCAAAAGACCUGGCUGAGCUGGGAUACUCUGCCGUUGCGUAUCCCUGGACAUUGGUGGCAGCUAAAUUGAAGAGUAUUCGAGAGACCCUUGAGGCCAUUAAGGGGUCGUUCAUGGUGGGCAAGCCGCCUACGGUUUUGUCGUAUGAAGAGGUUUGUGAAGGGGUCGGGUUUAAUAGGUAUUAUGAGAUGGAGGAGAAGUAUCAGUAUGAUGGAUCGACGACCGGGAGCAAUGGAUACCAGUGGGCUUGA